CUGCAGGUCUUCUUGACCGCUUCCUCCUCUCGACCUCCACUCCACGAACGCUCCACCCAACAGCUCUUCUUCUCCAGCUCAUCUCGCAUUCUCAGCUUCAGAACGCCCCCUUAUCUAGUUUUCUCCUUCCAACAUGCGUGAGAUUGUCCACCUCCAGACCGGCCAGUGCGGUAACCAAAUUGGUGCUGCCUUCUGGCAAACCAUCUCGGGCGAGCAUGGUCUCGAUGGCUCCGGCGUCUACAAUGGCACGUCGGAUCUCCAGCUCGAGCGCAUGAACGUCUACUUCAAUGAGGCGUCGGGCAACAAGUUCGUUCCUCGCGCCGUCCUCGUCGACUUGGAGCCCGGCACAAUGGACGCCGUCCGUGCUGGCCCUUUCGGACAGCUCUUCCGCCCCGACAACUUCGUCUUCGGCCAGUCUGGUGCUGGCAACAACUGGGCAAAGGGCCAUUACACCGAGGGCGCUGAAUUGGUCGACCAGGUCCUUGAUGUCGUCCGUCGUGAGGCCGAAGGCUGUGACUGCCUCCAGGGUUUCCAGAUCACCCAUUCGCUCGGCGGUGGCACCGGUGCCGGAAUGGGCACCUUGUUGAUCUCCAAGAUCCGCGAGGAGUUCCCAGACCGCAUGAUGGCCACCUUCUCCGUCGUGCCAUCCCCCAAGGUCUCGGACACUGUCGUUGAGCCCUACAACGCCACCCUUUCCAUCCAUCAGUUGGUUGAGAAUUCUGACGAGACCUUCUGCAUUGAUAAUGAGGCUCUGUAUGAUAUCUGCAUGAGGACCCUCAAACUCAACAACCCCUCAUAUGGUGACUUGAACCACCUCGUCUCGGCUGUCAUGUCCGGCGUGACCACCUGCCUGCGUUUCCCUGGCCAGCUUAACUCCGACCUUAGGAAGUUGGCUGUCAACAUGGUUCCGUUCCCUCGCCUCCACUUCUUCAUGGUCGGAUUUGCGCCUCUGACUAGCCGUGGCGCCCACUCAUUCCGAGCCGUCACUGUCCCAGAGCUCACCCAACAGAUGUUCGACCCCAAGAAUAUGAUGGCUGCUUCCGACUUCCGCAACGGUCGCUACCUGACCUGCUCUGCCAUCUUCCGUGGCAAGGUCUCCAUGAAGGAGGUCGAGGACCAGAUGCGCAACGUCCAGAACAAGAACACUUCCUACUUCGUCGAGUGGAUUCCCAACAACGUCCAGACCGCUCUUUGCUCUAUUCCUCCACGUGGACUCAAGAUGUCCUCCACCUUCGUUGGCAACUCGACCUCGAUCCAGGAGCUGUUCAAGCGUGUUGGUGACCAGUUCACUGCUAUGUUCCGUCGCAAGGCUUUCUUGCAUUGGUACACUGGCGAGGGUAUGGACGAGAUGGAGUUUACAGAGGCUGAGAGCAACAUGAACGACUUAGUUUCUGAGUACCAGCAGUACCAGGAGGCGGCUGUCUCCGAGGGCGAGGAGGAGUACGAUGAGGAGGCCCCGCUUGAGGAGGAAGUUUAGAUCAAUGCCUGAUCUCGAGAUACCAUACCGAGUUUUGUUUGGUGUUGAGGGCUGGAGACAUGGUGGACAGAUGCGAUUACUCUGAUUCGUCCUGCUCUAGAUGUCUUGGCCGCAUUCGAUCGGGUGAAGAGGAUGUGGGCGCGAAUUGUUUGUUUGUUCCUGCCCCUAAUACACCUGUGAAGGAUGCACCUUGAGUAUUC